AUGGCGGCGGCGGCGGUGGAGGGGGAGCGAUGGCAGAGCCCGUUGGCGCGAUUGUUGCAGGCGCUGCCGCUGGGGCAGGGGUUGUUGGUCGUGGCCAAUGUGGCGGGGGGCAAGACAACCGCCGUCCGCGCCCUGCUGCGCUCCCGACCCGACCUGCCAGCGACCCUCUGGUUGGACCUCAAGGAACAGCACCGAACGGCCGAUAAUCUUCUUCUUACUAUCGAGGAGGCGCUUAAGACAGCGGACGACCCACCACGAACCUUGGUUCUGGACGACCUUGACUACACAGUUUCGACGGUCGAGGAGCAGGCACGGCUGGCCGCUUUGCUACUUCGUCUCCCGCCUGGAUGGAUCUGCUUGGCAACAGCUACCCGACCAGCCCGCAUCGCCAAGCCCCUUCUUGAGGUGCCAUGUCUGCAACGCUGUAUUCAAGCGCCGCCGCUGACCUUUGUGGACCGUGCCAGUUUCUUCCAAGCUGCCCUGCACAACAUCAGCAUAGCUCAGCAACUAGCGCAGCAUAGUCCUGGGUUUAAUCUGCUCGACCUCACCCGUCUACUCGGCACCUACCAUCUGGCGGCGACCCUGCACCCAGAGGCCGCCAAGAUGCCCGAGGCAUCACCCGGGCAAGCUGGCGUGGAUUUAGUCGCGCUGGCCAGCUCAAAGCUUCGCUCCAUCACCGUGGGUUCUGCAAAGCUCAUUCAUCACCGCCGCCCGUGGCAGACCAUUCGUGGAUACGACGCUCUGCAUCAGCGCUGCAGCGAAGUGGCUCGCAUGCUGGCGACACAAGCUGAGACACCACCCUCAGGCCUUUUACUCUCUGGCCCAUCGGGCAGUGGCAAGACUGCAUUGGCCGAAUGUUUGGCCACGGCCAGCGGUCUGCCGUGUCUCAGCGUUAAUGCCGUGGAACUACUCAGCCCCUAUCUAGGUGAAACCGAGGGCAAUAUUCGUCGCUGCUUUGCUGCAGCAGCGGCGGCACAGCCUUGUAUCCUUUUUCUUGACAACGUGGACGUUGUGGGCCAUUCGCGCGGCGGAGCAACCAGCGAAGCAACCAGCGGCGUCGAGGCGCGGGCGCUCAGCCAGAUGUUAAAUGAAAUGGAUGGGAUCGAAGGUCGCUCCCAAGUCUUUUAUCUCGGCACCACUCGCCAAGCCCCAGCAGACUUGGACUCGGCCCUGCUUCGCCCAGGGCGAUUCGAGGUUUGUGAAGUGAUUACUCGGCCAGGGCCAGACGAUGUUCAGUCUAUCAUCCGAGCGACCCUGGGCCCAACCAUUACACUUGCCGAGGCUGUUCUCCCAGAGCUGCUGCGCGUCUUGCAGAGCGCCCCUGAUUUGACUGCUGGUCACGUGGCCGCCUGUUGCUGGGAGCUGCAGCAGGAACUACACCGACAUUCGUCCCAGGCGGAAAAGGAGCAGGCAAACAAAACAACCCCUGCUCACGAAAUCACUCUGCCGGUGUUGAGCCCCGUGUUGCAGCGCUGGCAAAGGUUCCAUAGCCCUCUGGCCCAAGCCGACUUCUUCCCGCGCGACUGA